AUCCACUCUUCUAAAAUCCUGGAGGCAGGAAUACCUGUUAUUGACAGGCUUUUGGGGAGGGAGAGGAGAUUGAACGUAGUUGCAUUUUUGCAGUUUGGUUAAAAUAUCCUGGUGCCGAGGGCAAAUUAUAGACCAAAAAAAAAAAAAGAUAGAGAGAUGGACCCUACUCUUUUGGAUCCUGGCUUGAACUUUUUACUUACUUUUCUUCUUUAGCCACAGCUAAAUGUGGAUUCUGUGAGAGGAGUCAGCCGGUGGGUUUUCCAUUGUUCCUUGUUUGAACAUAAAUCGUAGUUUUGCUGCUUGUGGAAUUUUUUAUUUCUUGAAAGGACCUCUCCAGGUAGCUUUUACGUCUGACAAAAUGAAGCCUUUGUAUUUUUCAGUCAAUUAUACCUAAUACUAACGUUCUGUUUGGUACAAGGGACUAAAGUGCUGCCUCACUCAGAGGACCGUUAAAGACUUUCUCUUCUGCUACACGUAGCUGAAUGUGUUAUGAUACAUCCUUUCCUCCUCCCCAAACCCUCCUAAAGAUUUUUCCAAAAUGAAGAAAUUUAAUUUUCGCAAAGUUCUGGACGGUUUAACUGCCUCAUCCCCUGGUGGAAGCAGUGGUGGUGGCAGCGGCGGUGGAAGUGGGGCUGGUGGUGGCUCCAUGCACCCAGGAGGAACUGCGGGAGCUGCAGGGACUCCCCGAGAUGAGAUCCAGGAGACGCUAACUUCAGAUUAUUUUCAAAUUUGUAAGACUGUUCGCCAUGGUUUUCCUUAUCUACCCACUGCCUUAGCUUUUGACCCAGUUCAGAAAAUUCUGGCAAUUGGGACAAGAACAGGAGCCAUACGAAUACUGGGCAGGCCUGGUGUUGAUUGCUACUGCCAACAUGAGAGCGGUGCUGCAGUCCUACAGCUUCAGUUCUUAAUCAAUGAGGGUGCUUUGGUCAGUGCAAGUGCAGAUGACACACUUCAUUUGUGGAAUCUCAGACAGAAACGACCAGCUAUCCUUCAUUCUCUGAAAUUUAAUAGAGAACGGAUUACUUACUGUCAUCUACCUUUCCAGAGUAAAUGGCUUUAUGUUGGAACAGAGAGGGGAAAUACACACAUUGUAAAUAUCGAGUCCUUCAUUCUUUCCGGAUAUGUUAUCAUGUGGAACAAGGCAAUAGAACUAUCCACAAAGACUCACCCUGGGCCAGUAGUACAUUUAAGCGACAGCCCAAGAGAUGAGGGAAAACUGCUGAUAGGCUAUGAAAAUGGGACUGUAGUAUUCUGGGACUUACGCUCUAAAAGAGCUGAUUUGAGAGCUUAUUAUGAUGAGGCUAUUCAUUCUGUUGCUUGGCACCAUGAAGGGAAACAGUUCAUGUGCAGUCACUCUGAUGGCAGCUUGACCCUCUGGAACCUGAAAAGUCCUAAUAGACCAUUCCAGACCACAAUUCCACAUGGAAAAAUUCAGAGAGAUGGAAAAAAAACUGAAUCUUGUAAACCAAUUCUAAAAGUAGAGUACAAGACCUGUAAAAACAGUGAACCGUUUGUGAUAUUUUCUGGUGGACUGUCAUAUGACAAAGCUUGUAGAAGACCAAGUCUAACCAUCAUGCAUGGGAAAGCGAUUACAGUUCUUGAAAUGGAUCACCCUAUAGUUGAUUUUUUAACUCUUUGUGAAACUCCGUAUCCAAAUGAAUUUCAAGAACCCUAUGCUGUGGUUGUGCUUUUGGAAAAAGAUCUCAUUGUUGUUGACCUGACACAAAGCAAUUUUCCAAUCUUUGAAAAUCCAUAUCCCAUUGACAUUCAUGAGUCACCUGUUACCUGCACAGAGUAUUUUGCCGACUGUCCUCCAGAUUUGAUUCCUGUACUCUAUUCUGUAGGAGCAAAACAUAAAAAGCAAGGAUACAGCAAUAAGGAGUGGCCAGUCAGUGGUGGAGCAUGGAACCUUGGAGCACAGACGUAUCCUGAAAUUAUUAUUACAGGCCAUGCAGAUGGAUCAGUAAAGUUUUGGGAUGCUUCUGCCAUUACUCUACAGAUGUUGUACAAGUUAAAAACAUCAAAGGUGUUUGAAAAACAGAAAUUAGGAGAAGGAAAAGCAACAGCUGAAAUUGUGGAAGAAGACCCUUUUGCUGUUCAGAUGAUGUAUUGGUGUCCUGAAAGUCGAAUUUUCUGUGUGGCAGGAGUUUCUGCAUAUGUGAUUGUUUACAAGUUCAGCAAACAUGAAGUAAACACUGAAAUUGCAUCAUUAGAGGUACGACUUCAGUAUGAAGUAGAAGAUAUCAUUACUCCUGAACCGGAAAUCGUUCCGCCAUUUCCUGAUGCCUCCUCCCAGCUUCCUUCUUUAAAGAACCUUUCAGGCAGUACCAACACUGUAGCAUGUGAAGGAUCGAUGAAGGACAGUAUCCCGUGUCUUAGUGUUAAGACUCGACCUGUGCGAAUGCCUCCUGGAUACCAAGCAGAUCUUGUUAUUCAGUUGGUGUGGGUGGAUGGCGAGCCUCCGCAGCAGAUUACCAGUCUUGCUGUAAACUCUGCUUAUGGACUAGUGGCAUUUGGAAACUGCAAUGGUUUGGCCGUAGUGGACUUUAUGCAGAAGACAGUACUGCUGAGCAUGGGAACCGUUGACCUAUACGGAUCAAGUGAUCCUUACCAGCGUCAACCCCGUUCUCCUCGCAAAAGCAAGCAGUUUACUGCAGACAACUUUUGCAUGCGUGGCCUGUCUAACUUUUAUCCAGAUUUAACGAAACGGAUCCGUACUUCCUAUCAGAGCCUGACUGAACUCAGUGACAGUCCAGUUUCCCUGGAGCUAGAGCGUUGCAAGUCUCCCACUUCAGAUCAUGUCAAUGGUCACUGUACAAGCCCAACGUCCCAGAGCUGCAGUUCAGGAAAACGACUUUCUAGUGCGGAUGUCACCAAAGCAAAUCGCCGUGGGCCUGGGAGGCCCCCCUUUAGAAAAGCACAGUCUGCCGCCUGCAUGGAGAUUUCUCUCCCCGUCACCACAGAAGGUUACAUUUCCAGACGGGCAAUGCUUCAGCAAUUACAUGGAAUCAGUACAUUCUCACACGACGAGCGUCACUACACUGCUCACAUAAGGAUGAACAAAGAGAACCGAGAAAACUCCUUCAGCCGUUCCCGAAGCUCCAGUGUGUCCAGUAUUGACAGGGACUCCAAGGAAGCAAUUACAGCUUUGUACUUCAUGGAGUCCUUUGCCCGGAAGAAUGACUCUGCUGUCUCCCCCUGUCUCUGGGUUGGAACAGGCCUUGGUAUGGUCUUAAUCCUCUCUCUUAAUCUGCCUGCUAGUGAUGAAUUACGGCAGACAGAGCCAGUCAUGGUCUCACCAAGUGGCACAGUCCUGACACUGAAAGGAGCAGUGCUGACCUUCGCGUGCUUGGACUGCAUGGGGACCCUGACACAUCCACCGUAUGAAGUGUGGCGGGACCCAAACAGUGCUGAUGAUGGGGAAAAAACAAGAAAAAGGAGACUUGUCAUGCAUUCCCCUUCCUCUUCCCAGGACAUGGGUGAUCAUCAGUUUGCAGUCAUUUGUUCAGAAAAACAAGCCAAAGUCUUCUCAAUGCCCUCCCAAACAUGUCUUUAUGUCCACAACAUCACUGAAACAUCCUUUUUAUUGAGAGCAGAUGUGGUCACCCUCUGUAACAGCGUCUGUCUGGCUUGCUUUUGUGCCAACGGGCACAUCAUGACAUUGAGCUUGCCCAGCCUUCGCCCACUGCUGGACAUCAACUAUUUGCCUGUAACAGAUAUGAGGAUAGCGCGGACCUUUUGUUUCACGAAUGAAGGGCAAGCUUUGUACCUCAGCUCUCCCACAGAGAUCCAGCGCCUGACAUACAGCCAGGAGAUGUGUGACAACCUACAGGACAUGCUUGGGGAUUUGUUUACUCCUGUGGAAACACCAGAAGCCCAAAACAGAGGCUUUCUCAAAGGACUUUUUGGAGGAAGUGGACAAGCUUUUGACAGAGAGGAGCUUUUUGGUGAGGCCACGGCUGGAAAAGCCUCUCGCAGUCUUGCCCAGCACAUCCCUGGAUCAGGGGGGAUCGAAGGUGUGAGAGGAGCUGCAGGAGGAGUUAUUGGGGACUUGACUCGUGCACGCAUUGCCCUUGAUGAGAGAGGACAGAAACUGGGAGAACUGGAUGAAAGGACUGCAAGCAUGAUGGCCAGCGCAGAGGCAUUUUCCAAACAUGCACAUGAGGUGAUGCUGAAAUACAAGGACAAAAAAUGGUACCAGUUUUAGACUUUUGGAGAAGCUACUUGUGGCUUUACUAAGAAUGCUGUUCAGGGAACCAACAUUCAUUCCUAGAUAUACCAGGCGCUGGCCAGAAACAACUAUUUUUCUCCUAGAAGAUGUUUUCCUGUUACUCAGUUGGAUUCAUCACAGUUGGCACCAAGGAGAAAUUUUACAGACCACGAGAUGAAAGCCAGAAUCAUGGGGGUCCUACUCCAACACUUAGCUUAUGCAGCAGCCAAUUUUUUUCCCCAAGUGGAACUCAACGAGCACUGUGGCAUGUAGUUUUUCAGAAGCUGUAGGUAUGAACUGAAUGGGGAGUGUGUCUGGUUAAAAAUAUUCUGUACAAACUAGAAUGUUAAUGCACUUAUAAAACUUGCAUGUCUAAUUGACAACUUAAAAAAAAGAAAAAGAAAGCAUGUUGUGACCGAAGGGAAAAAAAAAAGGAUUUAUUUCUAGUCUGAGCAAAAAAAUUACUUAAACAUCAAAAAUCUUUAUUUUUAAAAUGACAUUACAAAAAGACAGUACCUUUCAAGCAUGUUUGCUACUGUUCUCAACAGAAAAGUGAGUUGAGCUGCAUAUUCUUAUCUGCUAUUUAUUUUCCUUGAAAAACCUAGCUUGAAAUCAGUGCUGUUUAAUUCCUAGCAGAAAAAUAAAUAACUUCAAAAUCCUGUGCCCAAAAUUACAGCUUUUUCAAGUAGCAAGACAGGCACUAACUGAAAUGUCAUUUAAACAUGAGAGUAGACAGUUUAUUUGCAAGCCAGAGCACAUGAAAUGUCAUCCUUAUCUGUAAAAUGUGCUCUAGAUUCAUCUCAGUUGUCCUUGAAGGGGGCUAUGGCAUUUUUCAUCCUAGUAGUUUCUGUAUCACUUGGUUGCCUUAUUUCUCAGUAGUAGGAAGAGAAGACAAGCUUAUGAAAUCACUUUUGAAUUUAGCAAAGGAAAGGUGGAAAACAGUGCUACAAGGUGGAGAGUCCUGUUGAUUUCUGCUCAAUAUAGCUGCUCAGCAGCUUGCAGAACAGGGACUUUCCUUAAGUAGUAGGUUGAAAUUACGCUAAGGAAACUGCAGUGUAACCCCCGUAAAGCUGGUGGCCAGAAAUCACAACAACAAGACUAAAAGAUGGGCCUGGGGAGGAGCGUGAAAAACAACUGUCAGCAUAUGGCAUCGCAUUGGCACAUACGUAUAUAACACCACAGGUGCGUGGCAGUUAGAUUUUCUGCUCCCAUUGCUAAAAGUAAUUUGCUUCUGCCUCAGAGUGGCUUGUUUGGUUUCUACAGUGAACUCUGCAGAAAACUCACCAACUUGCAGAUACAGAAGAGAACAGUAAAUAGCACCUACUACCUAUUACCAUGAACAGACUCCUAUUCCACAUGAGUAUGUUGCAGUUACAGGAGCCUACAAGAUCCUGACUUUCACAGAGGCCAAACAUGAAGUUAGAAAAAUUUUCCACAACUAGCUUCGAAACAAGGCACUCAAGGCCUGUUUUCAUGUACCUGGACGUAAGUUCAAAUUAGAAAAGGAGAGUGAGGAAAAGCAGCAUUAAAAAUUUUUCUGAGAAGAGAAACAGCCUCUGUCCCUUCAAGGAGUCUUGACUGACACUUGGAUGCAGACAGAGACAGCUCCACUCCUAACUAGAUCUUAACUUCAGUGAUAUUUGCAUCAUGCUAGUGUCAGAUGAGCUCGCUCUCAAAAGAUGCCUUCCGCACACCUUUCAUUUUCCUUUAAUAAAAUGGAGCCCAGGAAAUUGUACAGCGCUGCAGCUUCCAGAGGUCUGCCUUCACCAUCAGCCCAGCCGUGCAAGUUAGAGGGACAGAACAGAUUUGAGAUGUUACGUUUUAAAUUCACGUUGUAGCACAACAGAAAUUCUGGGCUUUACAGGAUUUUUACAUUUCUCUGAGGACAAAAUCAAAAUUACAGCUCUGACAGCUCUAGCUCAACUGGAAAUGUGACAAGACAAGUUUCUCUCUUUGUCAUGCAAAAAACUGCACUAUAAUUGUAGAAGCUAAAGAACGAAGAUAGUAGAAACUUGUGGUGAAAAAGGUCAAAGUCUAAGCAAUGCCUAAGUCUGGGUUUCUGCUCAGAAUUAAGGAGUUGUAAUUGCCCAUGACCGAACAGGAUGUCUGUGUGUUCCAGGAAACUGCAAACUCACCACUCUGAUGCCAGUAUGAACCAGGUUGAGGAACUCCUUCCUGAUCACAGAACUGGUCACUUGCAUAUGAUGAAGAAUCACUGUAACUAGGCAUCUAGACUGGCAGACAAAUGAGAACAUUAUAGCAAUUCUAUUUUCUAUGUUAAUGUACAUUCACUCUGCCUAUACUCUGGCCACUACUCUUAAAACACUGAUCUCUGGGAUCAUUUCAUGCACCUGAUCCUUCAAACCCCCCAACCAGCUUUAUAGACCUUAUUCUUCCUAGGUUCUCUGCUUCUACAGAGAAGCUAAGUAGUCUUCAAUGAAAUCAAGUCAAGGCCAUUCCACCUGAGUUUGGGCCGUAACCAGCCCUAUACUUGCUUCUGCACUUAGCAUAGUGCAGAUGAAAAGGCUGUUUCCAAUUUAAGUAUAACGUGAAGACCCAUGAUGACAGAGCCAGUUUCCAAAUUAGUGUAACCUGUCAACUUCUAGAAAAGCAGCCCAGGUGAGUGCUAGCACCUCGUGGUAAGGCAACAGUUGGUACACUUAAAUGACAAGGUAGCUACUAGUUCUAUGUUACAUGUUCAGUAGGUUGUACCUCGUGUAUGUUGCUAAUAUUGCAAAGGUCUUCAUUUCCUUGAUCUCAGUGGAAGUGUCUUCAGGCUGGAGCUAGAGUGCAAUCACUCAUUUGAGUCAGAUGCAAAAAAAAACAAAAACAAAAACAAAACAAACAAACAAAAAAAAAACUAAGCGCAACUUUUAAGCAGCAUGCCCAGAGAGAAAAGUAUCUUCAAUAAGUCAUUUACACCAUGUCUGACUUGCUUUGGCAGCGGUCUCUAGCUUAACAACAGGGAAAAAGCCUGCCAGUAGACUUUGAUGUGCAUUUUUAUGCAACAGAAAAAUGAGAAUUUAGCAUCCCUCUAACUUGCAAUUUUUAAUAAUAGACUCUUUUAAGCAACUUUUCUCUAGUACUCCUCAUCAAGUCACAGCUGUAUCUUGCUUUCCACCCUUACCUAUUUUACAUAUUUCCAGACAGUUACAAAUUACCAUUUCUGUUAAGAAGUUCACCACUUGUGACUCUAAUUAUCAAUUUUCUUGUAGUCUGUAGAGAUCCGAAAAGUUGUAUAUGUUUGUAUAUAGAACAUUCUACAUAUAAAAAUAUAUAUAUAUAUGUAAUGUACAUGUUGUAUAAGUUUGUUAGUGCACACUGUUAAAUGCUUUCUAUCAAGAUUUACCAUGUAUGUGAGGAAAAAAAAAAAAAAAAAAAAAAAAAAACCUUCA